UGGUCUCUCUGUGGUCCAGUGUCGUUCUCAGAGGUCCAGUCGUCUGGAGAAACUGUGGCGUGUCUCUCGGAUCUCGUCCCAAAGCCAUCUCAAGCCCCGCCCUCUGUGAAGCCCGCGCCGUUGCCUAGCGACAGCGCCGACAUGGCUCACGUGAGGCCGUCGUCGCUGAAGCAGCCUCCUGCCUUACCGCCGAAGCCAUACAGCCGUAUCCCCAACCACCUGACAGAGACGCUGGCCAGACUCUCUCCGCCUCUGCCUCCAAAGAAAGUGAUGAUCUGCGAGCCGGCGCCCUCGUUUCCCCUCAAAUGCCUGCCGUCCCAGGGCUCGCACACACACACACACACGCUCACACACACACACACGCUCACACACACGCACCCGCAGCAGUACGCCACGCUGCCGCUGUCGCUGCACCCGCCCAGCCGCAUCAUCGAGGAGCUCAACAAAACACUCGCGCUCACCAUGCAGAGAUUCGAGAGGUGAGGAUGCGCACACACACAUGCACACAUGCGCGCA